AUGGUUCGAAAACUCAAGCAUCACGAACAAAAGCUCCUCCGCAAGGUUGAUCUUCAUACCUACAAAUCCGACGCCGGACACCGGGAAGCCACCGUUCGACAACGCUACCACCUCCAGCACCCGCUCGAUUAUCAAAAAUACAACACCCUCUGCGGCUCCCUCCGACAACUAGCACAUAAGCUCUCUGCGCUGGAUCCAGAUGACCCGUUCCGCAAGGAGAUUGAGAGUCAGAUGCUGGAGAAGCUGUGGGCGACGGGCAUUUUGAAGCAGAACCGCGAGCAAGGGGCUGGGUUAAGUAGAGUUGAGAGAGAAGUUACAGUCAGUGCGUUUGCAAGGAGGAGAUUGGGGGUUGUCAUGGUGAGGAUGGGGAUGGUGGAGCAUGUACCUGCAGCCGUCAAAUUCAUCGAGCAAGGUCAUGUCCGUGUGGGUACGGAGGUCGUCACGGAUCCCGCAUUCCUUGUUAACAGAAAUCUCGAGGAUUUCGUCACUUGGGUUGAUUCGAGUAAGAUCAAGAGAAAUAUCUUGCGAUACCGUGAAAAACUGGAUGAUUUCGAUCUUCUGUGA